AUGGGUAACAAAGGAUUUCCAGCGCUUCGUCCGAUCUUCUGCUUCGCUUCCUUUCUUGUAACGCUGCACCUCGUUUAUGGAGACCUGAGUUAUUCUAUUACGGAAGAGAUGAAACGAGGGUCUGUUAUUGGAAAUAUAGCGAAGGAUCUCGGUCUUGAUAUGAAGACCUUAUCUUCCCGAAGGGCCCGUGUUGAUUUUGAGGGAUCUAGUAAGCGGUACUGUGACAUUAAUCUGAGUACCGGGGAUUUAACAGCAAUGGAGAGAAUUGACAGAGAAAGCCUUUGUGGCAAGAAAGCAUCGUGCGUGUUAAAAGUAGAUCUGGUGUUAGAAAAUCCUUUGGAGCUUCAUCGUGUGAGUCUUCAUAUUCAAGAUGUAAAUGACAACUCGCCCAAAUUCAAAAAACAUUUGAUUGAAAUGGAUAUAAGGGAGUCAGCAGACAAGGGUAACCGCUUCUCCAUCGAGGAGGCCCAUGACGCAGAUAUAGGUCAAAAUGCUGUUCAGAGGUACAACCUACAAAAGAACGACAACUUUAUUCUCGCUGUUGAUAGUAACAAGGUUGAACUCGUACUGGAAAAUAAACUUGACCGAGAGAAACAAAAAGAGCUGAGUUUGCUUCUCACAGCUUUGGAUGGUGGGUCUCCUCAGAGAUCAGGUACCGUAGUCAUACACGUCACUGUGCUGGAUGCUAAUGAUAACGCCCCAGUGAUGGGAGACAAAGGAUUUUCAGCGCUUCGUCCGAUCUUCUGCUUCGCUUCCUUUCUUGUAACGCUGCACCUCGUUUAUGGAGACCUGAGUUAUUCUAUUACAGAAGAAAUGAAACGAGGGUCUGUUAUUGGAAAUAUAGCGAAGGAUCUCGGUCUUGAUCUGAGGACCUUAUCUUCACGAAAGGCCCGUGUUGAUUUUGAUGAGACGCAUGAACGGUACUGUGACAUUAAUCUGAGUACCGGCGAUUUGAUCACAUCGGAAAGAAUUGACAGAGAAAUCCUCUGUGUCAAGAAACCCUCGUGUGUUUUGAAAGUAGAUCUGGUGUUUGAAAAUCCUUUGGAGCUUCAUCGUGUAAGUCUUCAUAUUCAAGAUGUAAACGACAACUCGCCAAAAUUCAGAGAAAGUUUGAUUGAAAUGGAAAUAAGCGAGUCUGCUGAGAAGGGCAAUCGCUUCUCCAUCGAGGAGGCCCAUGACGCAGAUAUAGGUCAAAAUGCUGUUCAGAGGUACAACCUACAAAAGAACGACAACUUUAUUCUCGCUGCUGACAGUAACAAGGUUGAACUCGUACUGGAAAAUAAACUUGACCGAGAGAAACAAAAAGAGCUGAAUUUGCUUCUCACAGCUUUGGAUGGUGGGUCUCCUCAGAGAUCAGGUACCGUAGUCAUACACGUCACUGUGCUGGAUGCUAAUGAUAACGCCCCAGUGUUUAGCCAGACCGUUUAUAAAGCCAGUCUGCCUGAAAACUCUCCUCCUGAUACCAUAGUGAUUAAAGUCAGUGCUACUGACGCAGAUGAAGGAGUGAAUGGAGAUGUGACAUAUCAGUUUGGUCAUGUAUCUGACAAUGAGGUAAAUGUGUUUUCUAUUGAUCCUAAAACUGGAGAAAUUAAAGUAACUGGUGUGAUUGACUUUGAAAAAGGGAGUUCCUUUGAAAUGAGAGUGCAAGCUAAAGAUGGUUUAGGGCUAACAUCAUACGCCAAAGUUAUAAUAGAUGUUACUGAUAUAAAUGAUAAUGCUCCAGUGAUAUAUCUGAAAUCACUGUCUAACCCCAUACCUGAGAACGUGUCACCUGGUACAGAGGUGGGCAUCAUUAACGUGCAGGACAGAGACUCUGAGAAUAACAGACAGGUCCGCUGCUCCAUUCAGCAGAAUGUCCCUUUUAAGUUGGUUCCUUCUAUUAAAAACUAUUAUUCUCUGGUGACCACAGGACAACUGGACCGUGAACUAGUGUCUGAUUACAACAUUACAAUCACUGCCACUGACGAGGGCUCUCCACCUCUGUCCUCCUCUAAAACUGUUGAGUUAUCUGUAGCUGACAUCAACGACAACCCACCUGUGUUUGAGGAACAGUCGUACAGCGCAUAUGUGACUGAAAAUAACAAACCUGGCUCCACUUUAUGUUCCGUUACUGCUCGAGACCCCGACUGGAGACAAAACGGUACAGUGAUUUAUUCUCUGUUAGCUGGUGAGGUGAACGGUGCCCCGGUGUCCUCCUAUCUGUCUGUUAACGGAGACACGGGGGUGAUCCACGCUGUGAGGUCGUUUGAUUAUGAACAGUUCAGAAGCUUUAAAGUCCACGUGAUGGCCAGAGACAACGGUUCUCCUCCGCUCAGCAGCAACGUGACCGUGAGUGUCUUCAUAUCAGAUGUGAACGACAACUCUCCUCAGAUACUGUACCCCGCCCCGGAGGGCAACUCCUUCAUGACCGAGCUGGUCCCCAAAGCUGCACACGGAGGCUCUCUGGUGUCCAAAGUGAUAGCGGUUGACGCGGACUCCGGACAGAACGCCUGGCUGUCCUAUCAUAUAGUGAAAUCCACUGAUCCGGGACUUUUCACUAUUGGUCUCCACAGCGGAGAGAUCAGGACACAGCGGGACAUUUCUGAAUCUGACAGCAUGAAACAGAACCUUAUUGUGGCAGUUAAAGAUAACGGACAGCCCUCUCUCUCUGCCACCUGUUCCAUGUAUUUACUUAUUUCUGAUAACUUGGCUGAGGUGCCAGAACUGAAGGAUAUUUCUUAUGAUGAGAAGAAUUCCAAACUGACCUCUUACCUGAUCAUCGCUCUGGUGUCUGUGUCCACCUUUUUUCUGACUUUCAUCAUCAUCAUCCUGGGUGUGAGGUUUUGUCGCAGGAGAAAGCCCAGACUGUUGUUUGACGGAGCAGUCGCCAUCCCCAGCGCUUAUCUGCCUCCUAAUUACGCAGAUGUUGAUGGCACAGGAACUUUACGCAGCACUUACAAUUAUGACGCGUACCUGACAACAGGUUCUAGAACCAGUGACUUUAAGUUCGUGACAUCUUACACUGACAACACACUGCCUGUUGACCAGACUCUGAAGAAAAGUCCUUCAGACUUUGCUGACCCGUUUGAAGACUUGGAGGCAUCUGUAGAGGUUUUACUCUUAAACAACACCGGCAUCUCCAACUUUGAGCAAAUUGCAUUGAACAGAUGGAUGGGAGACAAAAGAUUUUCAGCGCUUCGUCCGAUCUUCUGCUUCGCUUCCUUUCUUGUAACGCUGCACCUCGUUUAUGGAGACCUGAGUUAUUCUGUUCAAGAAGAGAUGAAACGAGGGUCUGUUAUUGAGAAUAUUGCUAAAGAUCUUGGUGUUGAUUUGAGGACCUUAGCUUCAAGACAGGCCCGUGUUGAUUUUGGUGGAAGUCGGAAAAGGUACUGUGACAUUAAUCUGAGUACCGGAGAUCUGAUCACAUCGGAGAGAAUUGACAGAGAAAGUCUUUGUGGCAAGAAACCCUCGUGUGUGUUAAAAGUAGAUUUAGUGUUAGAAAAUCCUUUGGAGCUUCAUCGUGUAAGUCUUCAUAUUCAAGACGUUAACGACAACUCACCGCAGUUCAAUGAUAAUUUGAUUGAAAUGGAAAUAAGGGAGUCAGCUGACAAAGGUAACCGCUUCUCCAUCGAGGAGGCCCAUGACGCAGAUAUAGGUCAAAAUGCUGUUCAGAGGUACAACCUACAAAAGAACGACAACUUUAUUCUCGCUGCUGACAGUAACAAGGUUGAACUCAUACUGGAGAAUACGCUUGACCGAGAGAAACAAAAAGAGCUGAAUUUGCUUCUCACAGCUUUGGAUGGUGGGUCUCCUCAGAGAUCAGGUACCGUAGUCAUACACGUCACUGUGCUGGAUGCUAAUGAUAACGCCCCAGUGUUUAGCCAGACCGUUUAUAAAGCCAGUCUGCCUGAAAACUCUCCUCCUGAUACCAUAGUGAUUAAAGUCAGUGCUACUGACGCAGAUGAAGGAGUGAAUGGGGAUGUGACAUAUCAGUUUGGCCAUGUAUCUGACGAUGAAGUAAAUAUAUUUUCUAUUGAUCCUAAAACUGGAGAAAUCAGAGUAACUGGUGUGAUUGACUUUGAAAAAAUGAGUUCUUUUGAGACCAGAGUGAAAGCAAAAGAUGGUUUGGGGCUAACCUCGUACGCCAAAGUUAUAAUAGAUGUUACUGAUAUAAAUGAUAAUGCUCCAGUGAUAUAUCUGAAAUCACUGUCUAACCCCAUACCUGAGAACGUGUCACCUGGUACAGAGGUGGGCAUCAUUAACGUGCAGGACAGAGACUCUGAGAAUAACGGACAGGUUCGCUGCUCCAUUCAACAGAAUGUCCCUUUUAAAUUGGUUCCUUCUAUUAAAAACUAUUAUUCUCUGGUGACCACAGGACAACUGGACCGUGAACUAGUGUCUGAUUACAACAUUACAAUCACUGCCACUGACGAGGGCUCUCCACCUCUGUCCUCCUCUAAAACUGUUGAGUUAUCUGUAGCUGACAUCAACGACAACUCACCUGUGUUUGAGGAACAGUCGUACAGCGCAUAUGUGACUGAAAAUAACAAACCUGGCUCCACUUUAUGUUCCGUUACUGCUCGAGACCCCGACUGGAGACAAAACGGUACAGUGAUUUAUUCUCUGUUAGCUGGUGAGGUGAACGGUGCCCCGGUUUCCUCCUAUCUGUCUGUUAACGGAGACACGGGGGUGAUCCACGCUGUGAGGUCGUUUGAUUAUGAACAGUUCAGGAGCUUUAAAGUCCACGUGAUGGCCAGAGACAACGGUUCUCCUCCGCUCAGCAGCAACGUGACCGUGAGUGUCUUCAUAUCAGAUGUGAACGACAACUCUCCUCAGAUACUGUACCCCGCCCCGGAGGGCAACUCCUUCAUGACCGAGCUGGUCCCCAAAGCUGCACACGGAGGCUCUCUGGUGUCCAAAGUGAUAGCGGUGGACGCGGACUCCGGACAGAACGCCUGGCUGUCCUAUCAUAUAGUGAAAUCCACUGAUCCGGGACUUUUCACUAUUGGUCUCCACAGCGGAGAGAUCAGGACACAGCGGGACAUUUCUGAAUCUGACAGCAUGAAACAGAACCUUAUUGUGGCAGUGAAAGAUAACGGACAGCCCUCUCUCUCCGCCACCUGUUCCAUGUAUUUACUUAUUUCUGAUAACUUGGCUGAGGUGCCAGAACUGAAGGAUAUUUCUUAUGAUGAGAAGAAUUCCAAACUGACCUCUUACCUGAUCAUAGCUCUUGUGUCUGUGUCCACCUUUUUUCUGACUUUCAUUAUCAUCAUUCUGGGUGUGAGGUUUUGUCAUAGGAGAAAGCCCAGACUGUUGUUUGACGGAGCAGUCGCCAUCCCCAGCGCUUAUCUCCCUCCUAAUUACGCAGAUGUUGACGGCACAGGAACUUUGCGUAGCACUUACAAUUAUGACGCGUACCUGACAACAGGUUCUAGAACCAGUGACUUUAAGUUCGUGACAUCUUACAAUGACAACACACUUCCUGCCGACCAGACUCUGAAGAAAAGUCCUUCAGACUUUGCUGACCCGUUUGAAGACUUGGAGGCAUCUGUAGAGGUAUCUUGA